AUGGGUCCAUGGCCGCACUCGCAGCAAUACCAGACGUAUACGACGGCAUCGGCCAACUUCGAAUAUAUCGAAGGAGUCCCGUGGCAAGUUGCGUAUGAGAAGAUCAUCAAUUCUGGCGUCAACAAUGCAGGGAAUGGAUGGGACACACGCAUUCAGCCUGAAGGGUUUGCCUACCACUACUCCAAUGCUGGGCACAGCAAGUGGGCAAAGAUCAAACAUGACAAGGGCAAGGCGGAUGUCGCGAAGAGCAGGGUCCGCACUCACCUAUCUGCGGAUAUUAUAAUGGCCUCGAAGCUGGGCGGGCCUGAUCCCACCAUGAACUCCAGACUGGCUCACGCGAUCGCCGUGGCGAAGAAGGGCCAGCUCUCGAAGACUGCUAUCGAACAUGCCAUCGCAAAAGGACAGGGGAUAUCUCCGAGCGGCCAAGCUCUUGACAAUGUGAUCAUCGAGGCCAUGCUCCCUCACGGCGUCGCUGCCAUGAUUGAGUGCCAGACAGACAACAAGGCGAGGACUUUGACCAGUAUCCGGAACAUCAUCACCAAAGCCGGCGGCACAGUAACCCCCACGGCAUUUAUGUUCGAGAAGAAGGGCCGCAUUUCGUUUGAAGAGCAGGAAAAGAUCGGUGUUGAAGACGCCCUGGAAGAUGCGAUCGAAGCGGGAGCCCUUGACAUUGCAGCGGAAGAGAACAGGUUGGUGGUCGAGACAGAACCGGCCGAUGUCAUGGCUGUUGCUCAGAAGCUGCAAAGCAAGCUGGGAAUCCAAGUGGAAAAGGCAGAGGUGGUCUACAUGCCGAACGAGGAUUCAAUGGUUUCGCUGUCCACACAGCAGGAGGAAGAGGUGCAGGCGAUUUUAGACUUGUUAGAGGAAGACCCAAGUCUUCAGAAUCUGUAUAUUAAUGCUGAGCCUGCGUGA